ACCCGGCCUCGAGCCCGCGGUCGCACCCGCAGCCGCCAGCCACCGACUGCGAGCGGCGGCGGCGACCGGGCGCGCGCCUCGGCUCCCCUGAUCCCUCUCCGGUAUGGAUGGCCAGGCUCCUACUACACCUCUCGGCGCCGUCGCGCCCGAGCCCCUUACCGUCGUCGGCGAGCUGCAGCGGUCGCCGCUGUCGUCUCCGACGAGCGAGGCGAAUGACGCCCUACCCUCCGGUGUGGACGGCCAGGCUCCCCUUCUGGACGCAGUGGCGCCCGAGCCCCCUACCGUCUCCGACGAGCUGCUGCUGCAGCAGCCGCCGUCGCCUCUCGAGGUGGUGGAGGAUGCCCUCCCCGUCGUCCCCGACACCGUCGACGCCAUCUCUACGGGGGGCCUCGAGGCUGGCGCUGGCAGCGUCGUGCUCACCGAUGAGCUCCGCGAUCAGAUCGUCAAGCAGGUGGAAUACUAUUUCAGCGAUGAAAAUCUUCCUACCGAUGAGUUCCUGUUGAAAUUUGUGAAGAAGAACAAGGACGGCUUUGUUCCUAUUGGGGUUAUCGCAUCAUUUAGAAGAAUGAAGAAACUUGUUCAGGACCUCUCUAUAAUUGAAGCUGCACUCAGGACAUCAUCGAAGCUGGUUGUGAGUUCAAAUGGGAAAAGGAUCAGGAGGGUAGAUCCAUUGCCACACAAUGAAUCAAAAGAUGCAAAGAAAAACACCGUUGUGGUGGAAAAUCUAUCUCCAGAUUUCUCCAUGGAGAGUCUACAGGAAAAAUUUGGUACAGUUGGCAAAAUUGUGAAUAUAACAAUUCAGCAUCCACAUUCAGUGAAAGAAUCUGCAACACCUAAGAAGGCUGACUUCAUUUUAAGUAGUAAGGUUCAUGCCCUUGUUGAGUAUGAAGCAAUGGAGGCAGCUGAGAAGGCUGUUAGUACCUUAAAUGAUGAGAGGAACUGGAGAACUGGGAUGAAAGUCAGGCUUCUGGCUAAACGAAGUGUAAUGGGAUCAGAAAAGCAUAACCAAUCUUCAAAAGAAAAUCGGGAUACAGUUUCCAAAAAGAACAAUCAGAAUCAUCCUUCAAAAGAAGAGAAACAUACAACCUCAGAAAAGAACAGCAGUGCUGAUUCAGUGGAGGGUGCCAUGGACAAGGAUAAUUUGAACUCUGUUCUUACCCCUGAGGAUGAGCACCAACACCAAAAGCCAAAUGCUAAAGGAGGGCAAAAGGGUCGGUACAGAGGUCGUCAAGGUCAGAUUCAGCAAAAUAUAAACAGACAAGGCAGUUCUGGUUCUGAGCCUUUAAACAAGUCUCUUCCUGGACCGAGAAUGCCAGAUGGGACAAGGGGCUUUACAAUGGGGCGUGGUAAAUCUCUUGCACCUCAGAAAUCUGAGAAGGCUGAAGAAUAAAGCUAUUCAAAGGAGCCUGGUAAGAUCUUGCUGAAGGACCAUAACCAAAGAAGCCUGGUAAAAAAUAACAGAAGAGAAUUAUCCAAAUACGCCUGGUAAAAAUCUAACCACGCAUGAGAAUAUAGAGUACCCAAGCUGUUUUCUGCAUGAUGAUACAUAGAAGGAAGCGGAUGACUUUUGUACAGAACAAAAUUUUAGCCAGCAUCGUUUCUGAAUCCACUGGCGCUCGUUUGGAGCUUCCUUUUGGAAAUUUAGGAUUGAUAAUUGUCAAAGGUGAGCUUGCAUUUCUGGCGUGAAUUGAAUGACAGUGAAACCUUGUUUAUUAUGUCCUACUA